UCAUCAGCCGAUAGUCGGUAUUUUACGCUGGCCUCGGUUUCGAGCGGAUGCCCUUCUUUUUUCGAUGGCAGCUUACGCACAGCCAAACUUCGAAGUGCCAGCCACAAAUAACGAUGAAUUCACGUUUGAUAUCCACUGCUUGAAAAGGUUUCUCAAACUCUUCUGGUUGAUGUUUCCAGGAUGUAAAAGUAUUGCAUCUUUGUUGUGCUGGUUUCUUCUCUGUUUGUCAGUCCUAGAGCAGUAUAUAAUCUACAACAUAGGUCAGAUUCCCAGCAAGUUUUAUCUGGUUCUCGGCAACAAAGAUGAACCUGGUUUCAAAGAGGAGAUAAUCGAGGCUGUGGUGCUCAUACUGGCAGAAGGCUUUAUUGCGAGCACCAUUCUGUAUGUGAGUUCUGUCUUGUACCUGACUUGGCGAGAAAACAUCUGUACUGUUCUUCAUUGCGAAUACUUCAAAGGUAUUCGCUAUUACACCAUCAACAUUAUCAACAAGACUGUUGACAACCCAGACCAGCGAGUGACACAGGAUGUCGACAAACUAUGUCUGUCUUUCAGCUAUGUGUUUGCUCCAGUCAUCAUAUCUCCAUUUACAAUAGCAUACUACUUGUACAAGGCAGCCAUCAGUACAGGGUACAUUGGUCCAGUCAGUGUGGUAGUGUUCUUUAUCGUCGUCACCAUUAUCAACAAGUUUCUCAUGUCGCCCGUUGUCAAGCUGGUGUACAAACAAGAAUUACAAGAAGGAGAAUUCAGGUACAAACAUAUGCAGAUGCGAGUGAAUGCCGAGUCGGCAGCAUUUUACCGAUCUGGCCGAAUGGAAAAAGUGAAGACGAAUGUCAAGUUAAAGACUCUCAUCACGAUACAGCACAAGUUGAUACGGCAGCAGUAUGCUUUGAACUGUUCGAUCAAGUCCGCUGACUACCUUGGCAGCAUCCUCAGCUAUAUAGCACUGGCUGUUCCCAUCUUCCUCGGUCUUUAUAACAGUCUAACUGCAGUCGAACUCUCAGCUUUAAUCAGCAAGAAUGCCUUUGUAACUAUCUACCUGAUUAGCUCCUUCACCAAACUGAUUGAUCUCUCCGCAAAAGUCACAGACAUGGCAGGUAACGCACACAGAGUUGGACAGCUGCUGGAAAUUCUGAGUUCGCUGCAGGACGAGUCAGGAGAAGAUCACAAAGACAGCUCCCGCACUAUUACGUCAGAACUGACGUCUGUUAGCAGUGAGCAGGAGGAGGCAGACGACGAUAUGUACGAGAUGAUGCAGACGGCUCUCACUGUCAACAACAUCACAUAUGGGCCGCCAAACUCUUCAGAAAUCUUGUGUAGAAAUUUAAGUUUUCAGCUGCAGUCGGGUGUUAAUAUUUUAAUAACCGGACCGAGUGGUUGUGGGAAGAGUUCGUUACUUCGAGUCAUCAAUGGGCUCUGGAAAGUAACAUCAGGUAGCAUUAAUAGCAAUUUGCUGCACAGUAACAAGUAUCUCUUCUUUCUGCCUCAAAAAGUUUACUUUACAAAUGGAUCACUUAAAGAACAGAUUAUUUUUCCAAGUCAGCUGCAUGAAGUUGAUAUUGAUGAAGAGAAGUUGCAUGCUUUAAUUGACUACGUGGGAUUGCAGGUUAUACUGGAGAGAACUGGAGGGCUGGAUGGUGGAUUUCAUUGGAACUGGUAUGAUGAAUUGUCCCCUGGUGAGAUGCAGAGGCUGUCUUUUGUCAGGUUGUUUUUUCAUCAGCCUAGGUUUGCAGUGCUGGAUGAGUCAACAAGUCAGAUCAGCAUGGAUGUGGAGGAGAAGAUGUACCGCAAGUGUCAGGAGCUCCAGAUCACCCUGAUGAGUGUCGGACACCGCGAUAGCGUCAGACAGUACCACGAUAUGGAGCUGCACCUCGAUGGUCAUGGAGGCUGGACUUUUAGUUCUAUAAGAGAUCUCAGUACUUUUCUUUAACUUAGGCUUCACACUGGACUUUGAGUUCUAUAUGAGGUCCCAGUGCUGUUUAUUAACUUAGGCUUCACACUGGACUUUGAGUUCUAUAAGAGAUCCCAGUGCUGUUCAUUAACUUAGGCUUCACACUGGACUUUAAGUUCUAUAAGAGAUCCCAGUGCUGUUAAUUAACUUAGGCUUCACACUGGACUUUGAGUUCUAUAAGAGAUCCCAAUGCUGUU